AUGACAAAAUCAACUGCAACCCGCCCUCUCUUCCUAUGCCUCUUCCUCUGUUUCCUCUUCUCGCUUGCGUUUCAGGCCUCAUCAUCACCGACCACAGAGGCGCAAGCUCUUGUCAAAUGGAAGAACUCUCUCUCUCCUCCUCCUCCUCCACCACCACCUUCUCUGAGCUCAUGGUCACUCACCAACAUCACCCAUCUCUGCAACUGGACUGGCAUUGCCUGCAACGAUGGCAGAUCGGUCUCAGAGAUCAUCCUCUCCAGCUUAAGCCUCAACGGCACGCUCAAUGCGCUCGACGUCGCUUCAUUCCCGAACCUGACCUGCUUCAACGUCACCGACAACAAUCUCAGCGGCCCGAUACCGUCCUCAAUCGGCAAUCUAUCCCAGCUCAGGUUCUUGGACCUGGCGGGCAAUUUCUUCGAAGGGGCGAUUCCUCGGUCCAUUGGACAAUUGAGAAAGCUUGAAAAGCUUGAUUUGAGAGUAAACGAGUUGACCUCUUCGAUCCCUUCGGAGCUUGGGCUCUGUGCUAACCUCACCUACUUAGCCCUUGCCAAGAAUUCGAUCUCUGGGGAGCUGCCUCUCUCAUUGUCCAAUCUGGUUAGAUUGUCAGAAUUUGGAGCUUCAGACAAUCGCCUGUCAGGUGAGUUACUGCCUGACUUCUUCGCCAAUUGGACUGAACUGGUUUCUCUUCAGCUCCACGACAAUUUUCUCUCCGGGCAAAUCCCCCAUACCAUCUCUCGGCUUGCUAACUUACAGUGGAUCUCUUUGUUCACGAACAAUUUCUCGGGAGGAAUACCACGUGAUUUCGGCAAGUACAGCCCUUCUCUUAUAUUUGUUUGCUUUUCAGACAACAGCUUCACCGGAGAACUGCCGCCAGAUUUAUGCAGUGGCUUUGUUCUUCAAUAUUUCAUGGUUGAUGGGAAUAACUUCACGGGGCCGCUGCCCGACUGCUUGAAGAAUUGUUCGGGGCUGACGAGAGUCCGUCUAGAAAGCAAUCAGUUCACUACAGAUAUCACGAGCGCGUUUGGAGUUCAUCCGAAUCUGGUCUAUGUAAGCCUUAGCAACAACCAAUUUGUCGGGAAUCUCUCGGCACGAUGGGGAGACUGUAUGAAUCUCACAAAUUUGCAGAUAGAUGGUAACAAAAUCUCUGGCCGCAUCCCACCAGAGCUUGGGAUAUUGUCUCAGUUGCGCGUCCUGGCAUUAUCCAGCAAUGAAUUGACUGGGAGAAUUCCCGACGAGAUGGGAGAUCUAGGGGAGUUGUUCAAGCUGAACUUGAGCAACAACCAUUUGGCUGGAUAUAUUCCUUUCUCGUUAGGAAAGUUAUCGAAGCUCAGUUAUCUUGAUUUGUCGGAGAACAUGUUGAGCGGUGGCAUACCUGACGAGCUAGCGAAUUUUGAGAAUUUACUGAGCUUGAACUUGAGCAACAACAAUUUGUCCAGUAACAUACCAUCUGAGGUCGGGAAGUUGUCCACGCUACAGUUACUCCUAGACUUGAGCCACAAUUCCCUAGCAGGAUCAAUUCCCUCCAAUUUGGCAAAGCUUACUAAACUAGAAAAUCUCAAUCUUUCGCAUAAUAAUUUGUCGGGUAUGAUCCCGGCUUCUCUCUCCAACAUGGAGAGUAUAAGCUCCAUAGAUUUAUCGUACAACAAGCUGACGGGUGCAGUUCCCAGUGGUAGGAUCUUCCAACAAGCGCCCGAAAGUGCUUUUAUAGGGAAUUCGGACUUGUGUCGAAACAUGACUGGAUUAUCUCCUUGGGGCACGAGCUGUAAAUCAACCCACCAUAGAAAAAAAGUUCUGGUUGGUGUGAGCGUUGGCGUGAGCUGCUUACUACUUCUAGCGAUUCUAAUUGCUGUGAUUUUGUUGGUGCUUCAGAGGCGAAAAAAGCUUCCCGACGAAGAGAUCAAGCAUCUUAAAAAGCACGAGAAAUCAGAUAAGAUCAUAUGGGAAAGGUUAGGGAAGUUCACAUUCAGCGACAUCGCCAAGGCCACCAAUGAUUUUAGCGAGGAGUAUUGCAUUGGAAAAGGUGGGUUCGGGAGCAUUUACAAGGCCGUAUUGGCCAGCAGCCAAAUCGUCGCCGUCAAGAAGCUCAACGCACUAGAAUCUGACGACGUCCCAGCAAUCAACUGCCAAAGUUUCGAGAACAAAAUCCACGUGUUGACCCAGGUCCGGCACCGCAACGUGAUCAAGCUCCAUGGGUUCUGUUCCAUGAGACGUUGCAUUUACUUGGUCUAUGAGUUUGUUGAGAGAGGCAGUCUGGCAAAGGUCUUGUAUGGAGGAACAGGAGCAGCUGAACUGGAUUGGGGUACAAGGGUGAAGAUUGUUCAAGGCGUGGCUCACGCGAUCGCCUACUUGCAUCACAAUUGCUCACCGCCUAUCGUCCAUCGGGACAUAACAUUGAACAACAUCUUGCUUGAGUCAAACCUCGAGCCGCGGCUCUCGGAUUUUGGGAUAGCGAGACUCUUGAAUUCAAGCUCGUCGAAUUGGACCACAGUGGCCGGAUCUUAUGGCUAUAUGGCUCCUGAGUUAGCAACUACGAUGCGGGUAACGAACAAAUGCGAUGUGUAUAGCUUCGGAGUAGUGGCACUAGAGAUUAUGAUGGGGAAGCAUCCGGGGGAUCUUCUCUCUUCUCUAUCAAUGAUGAAAACAUCAACAAUCUCGGAGGAACCAAAUUUGCUGCUGAAGGAUGUGCUCGAUCUGCGUCUUCCUCUUCCGACUGGCCAACUAGCCAAGAAAGUGGUAUUCAUCGUCAUGGCGGCACUGGCGUGCACGCGCACGAGACCUGAUUCACGACCCAACAUGCAUUUCGUCGCGCAAGAAUUAUCCGCAAGCACUCAAACUUACUUGUUUGAGCCGUUAGGCUCCAUAACUAUCAGCAAAGCUAUCGAGUCUUCAGGAUUAAAGUUUUAAGAGAUGUUGCAGAUCAAAUGAUA